AGCCACCGAACACGCUCUAAGCCAAGUUUGAGUUGACCAUUAAAACCGGUUUGCAGACGCAGCUAUGCAUUUAAGUAUUUUCGCUUGCCACUUUGAGUAGUUUACGUUAAGACAUUGAACGAAAUGAAUGUAGCGGUGGCGGUAUGAGGAUUACUCGAAUGCUGUUUUCGCGCUCGUAGACACAAAUAUUUAUGUAUUAUACCUUUAGCAAUUCCGACGAAAUCCAAUUUCUUUGAGGACCAAGAAUCACGAUGCUACCAAAUACAAUUAGUCAGGAUCGCGGCAAAGAUUGGACUAGCCUCCACGAGGCUGCUGCCAAUGGUAAUGAGGAAAUGAUAAAGACGCUACUCGCUGGCAAUUCCGAUACGACAGCAAAGGAGACCAAAUUGGGAAAUACACCACUACAUGAAGCAGCAUCGCGCGGUUUAAGUCGCGCCGUAAAAUUGCUUAGCACGCCCAAGAUUACGGCCAAGCCAACUUCAAAGAGCAAGCAAAAAAAUGAAGCAGCUAAACAGAAUCGGGGUCCUACACAAAACGCGUUGUUGAGUAUACAGAACUUCGCCGGCUUCACCGCCUUACAUUUAGCUGCACAAAAUGGACACAAUCAAAGCUGCAGAGAAUUACUACUGGCAGGCGCCAGUCCAGAUGUUGAGAAUUAUUAUGGCGACACAGCAUUACACACUGCCUGCCGGUAUGGACAUGCAGGUGCCGCACGCAUACUCAUCUCCGCCUUUUGCGAUGUGAACAAGAAGAAUCUCAAUGGUGACACGCCCCUGCACAUAACCAGCGCCAUGGGUAGGCAUAAGCUGUCACGCAUCAUUUUGGAAGCUGAAUGCGAAAUCAAUACGCGUAAUUCACAAUGCGAGACACCGCGCGAUAUAGCGAUACGCAAAGGUUUCGGCAAAAUAUUGGACAUCUUAGACAAUCCGCAUCGCAUACGCAAUAAGAAAGCCAAAGCGCCACUGACAGGUGAGGAAGCAGACAAAACGAAAGCGGGACCGUGCACGUCAAAGUCACAUUCGAAUGAGGUCAGUUGGUCGCCAUAUGGCUGUCAUUACUUUCCCGAUAUGCGCGCCUUCCCGUCACCCAAACUCGAGACGCUGCCCAAGGAGCCACUGAAACGCGGCGAACAGUACUAUUUGGAUUUGGCGGGGCACAUACGCAAAGGACCCAUCGGUAUUGGAAAUAUAUGCUAUUGCGGUCCUUUCUUCAAGCAUAUCGAGGAUAAAAUAAAUUCAAAUAAGCGGCAUUUGCGUAAGUAUGUGCACAAUGCUAAGGAGCAUUUGGAUGACAAGGUGCAGGCGCUGGCUGCGCGCACUAAUCAUCAAAUUGAGAAGCUGACACGCACCAUGAUCGCCGAUCGCGUGGAGUGCGAAAAUAGACGUUUGUAUUUGGAGAAUUACUUAAAGCGUGGUGGUCCCUUGCGGCUAACAACUGACGUAACGUCGAAGGGAAGAGAGGCGCGUGAAAUGCACGACACGUUGAAGCGCUGCCGAAGCCUAGAACUGCUUGAAAAGGUCGAUAUGUCGGAAGGCAAAAUGGCAAACUCACGAAGCUUUGAUCUGCUCGAUGCCAAUGCGAAUGACACAGCUGGCAUGCCGCAUAGGGACCAAGUGACGUGUUGUCCACAUGCUGCUGAAAUGCAGAAUCAUCAUUUGAGUGAGGAGUCAAACAACGAGUUCUACGAUGUGUCCAAGCGUUUAGGCAGCUUGCUGGCGAAGACCAGCACAUUUUUGAAGGUGCCUACGCAAAGCGUACAAAACAAUGAACAGCCGCCCGACAAGUCUAUCACUGCGGCAUUGGGCAUCGAUACGGACGACGAAGCGCUUUGUACGCGCGUACAAAAUAUGCAUAUGAGUCCAUCGAUCAGCGAGGCAUCCAAUGCAACGCCGGCGCAGUUGAGUUCCGAAGCUGGCGCGGUUUCCAGCCCCGAUUACAAUUGCAAUUUCCGCACAAAGCAUGGCGCAGCGAAACGCAAAGCGAUUGCUGCGACGCCAGAAGUAGUAACUACCGCCUCGUCAACGGCUUCGCCACCUGAACGGUCGCACAGAGAUAAGCCGAUUACCGAGCGGCAGCUAGAGUAUUUAUAUGAUAUACAGAAGCGUGGCAGCGUCAUACAGAAUGUGAUAAGCGCACUGCGCAAGAGUCAUCAAAGGGCGGACAUCUUGACGGAUGUGAAAACACGCAAUGAGUCAGAGUACGUACACGAGGAUAAAUUGGGUUACAAAGAUGAGCUGUUUCAGGUGCAACGCUUGGCUGAAAACGAUAGUAAGGAGGCGGCGAUGUUGAAAGAGGUCGGCCUGCCGCUUGAUAUUCACGGCACGUCCGUUGGAGAACCACAUAAAUUUGCG